AUGGCCAGACGAGGUGUAAAUAGCUUUGAAGAUUUUGGAGGAAUCUACCCAAAAGACUUUCGAAAUGGAAAAAAAGACAGUUUUAGAGAAAUGGAAGCUGCCAUGCAGCAAAUAAAUCAACAAUGGGAGUUCAUGAUGUCAGACGACUUUAAUUCUGUCCAGCUUGCGUUAAGCUUGUUAGACGAUAGUUCUCUUGGACGUGGUCAUGACAUUACAGAAUUUAGACGCGCCAUGGAAAAUUACUAUCAAGGAUUUAAUAGUUCAAUUGGAACUUUUGGUGGUGUUAUGCAAAACAUUGGAGAUUCACAGGAUCGUGUGCGUGAAAUCAAAAGUCAAUUAAAAGAAUGUAAACAAGCAUUAUUAUCAAAGCGUGCUGAUUUAUUACAAUUAUGGUUUCGAAGUCAACAGUAUAAGGAGAUGUUACGGAUAUUGGAUUCGAUAGAAGAUAUCCAAGGAACGCACCAAAAAUUGGAAGGCUUGCUUCGAGAAAAGCAUUUUUUGACAGCAUCGAAAAUCUUAUUAGACGCUAUUCGGAUUAUGGAUCGCAAGGAGAUGAUGGGAAUUGGUGCAUUACAUGAUUUACGAAGAUAUCUCAAAGCACAACAAACUUCACUUCACGAAGUAUUGAUUGAAGAAUUGCAUAAUCAUUUAUAUUUGAAGAGUCCUUAUUGUGCUAGUCGAUGGUUCCGAUAUACAAAAGAACAAAAUUCAUUACCCAUGCCUGCGACCGAUUGGAAUUCAGAAAAGGAAUCGCGUAAAAGCUCGAGUGGUCUUAGCUCAAAAAAUAAGAAAAAUUUGUCUGAUAGAAAUCCAGAAUCAGAUUCGUUUUAUUAUAUUGAAAUUAUAAUUGAAUCUUUGGCAUUGUUAGGAUUAUUGCCAGAAGCGAUGGAGAUGAUAACUCAGCGAUUACCGCUUGAACUUUAUCAACUAGUCGAUAAAACAGUUGCUGAAGUAGAAGAACGGAGAACAGUGCAUGUAUUCGCUAGUCUAAAGAAAAAGAAGAAUGAUCCCACAAACAUUUACUUACUCGAAUCACCUGAAAACGAGGCACAAAUGGAAAUCCUACGCGAUCUGUUGUGGACACUUUAUUCUAAACUUAAUGCAGUGCUUCAGGGACAUCGUUUUAUUUUAGAUGUGGUAGAGCGGAUAAGUAAGAGACCAAUGUAUGCAAAGAUAACUGACGAGAAGAAAAAGAUUAAGGCAUACCCUUUCAUCGAUAUUUGGAAACCAGUUCAGAGCGAACUGCGUACUCUAUUACGCGAUUAUAUUACUGAUGAUGAGAGAGAAACAGUAUCUUUUACAACACCUGUUGCGACCAUUAAUGAUAUGAUGCGAGAUCGAAGAGGAAGGGAUAGGACAAAGCAAAUAUUUAAAUUCUCAGACGUUGACAUGACUUCAAAUAUUGAAUUGGAUGAUCAAUAUGAGUCGGAUAUUAAUAGCAUGUUACAGAAAUCACUACCAAAUUUGUUUGCUAAAUUACCUGAUGAAAAAUCACCCACCUCUGUCUUGGUAGUAGACAAAUUCGCCAAUACGAACAUUUCAGUUGGUCAUCGGCUAGUUGUGAGACCUGACGCGUUUAAUGUGUCAGUGUUGUUUAAACCAACUUUGGUCUUCUUGGAUAAAGUUAGGGAGAUUAUACCAUCAAAUACCACUACUGUGGACUUUUCUGGAUUCCUUGAUGAUUUUGUAUUCAAUGUUUUCUUACCACAAAUUGAGGAUAAGGUCAUGGAAUUAUUACAUCAAGCAACAACCGAUUCGGAUGCGUUUCAGGAAGAUCCAAACCAUAAAAGAUAUACAACUUUACCAUUAAUUAAGAGUGCAACUACAUUAAUGAAGUUGGUGGAAAGCUUAUGUGCAAUGCUUCGCACAAUGACUUUCCACAAAGAAGAAUAUAGUAGAAUGAUUAUUUCUGUGUUAACACAAUAUUAUGUUAAAUGCUUUGAACAAUAUCAAGCUAUUGUGUCAAAGGGUUCUUUGAGUGACGAGGGUACUAAUGAAAGAACAGGGAAUGCGCAAAAAACUAGUGCAAUGUGGGUACAACAGGAUCAACUUUCCGAAAUAUUUACGCAAUAUCCUUACUUGGAUGAGAAUGACAUCGAGAAUCGUAAAAAGCGAAAAUUACUAUGUGAAAAGGAAACUCAGGCUGAAAUGAAAUUGAAAAAAAAUCGCGUAAUUAGGUCUGGUGAAUUGAUUUUUGAUGGGAAGAAAUUAAAAGCGCUAGGCUAUCUUUAUCAUAGUUUGAAAUGGUUUGUGGGUAAAAUCUGGCAGCUACGUGGACGUGAUUCUAAGGUGACGGGUUUGAUAAAUGGAAAAAUGGAUGAUGGACUUUUGGCCAAAGUAAACCGUCGUUGGUCUUCAUAUGAUGAUAUACCAAAGACUGAUCGUCUAGAUGAAGAGGCAAGGUUACCAUUGACAGGAGAGAUGGCAAAUCGAUUUGACGCGCUUUUGGCAACCUUUCAACAAUUAGCUGAACAAUGCUUAUUUACACUACGCGUUGAACUUCGAUGUCAUACACUUCACUAUAUAGAUAUGGCAAUGCGAGAGGGUAACUAUCAACUUCAGGAAGCAGCAUCCGAACCAGAUCCAUUUGUUCUUAUGCUUAAUUCGGAUUUAGUCCACUUUGAUGAGUGUAUUACAUCUAGUUUACCAAUAAGAGAGCAUAAGUUUGUGUUCGAAGGCAUAGAUUCUCUAAUGGAGCAUGUCCUUAUUUCGAAUGCUACCUAUAUAAAAAGUCUGAAUUUCAGCGGAGUUACAAAGAUGAAACGUAACAUAUUAGCUUUACAACAAAAUCUACGAAAUAUCGUAGAUACGCCAAAUCAAGUUUCGUUUGAUCGUGCACAACAGUACUACGAAUUGCACAGAGUUGGCGCUGCGAAUAUGUUAAAAUUAAUUCGCGAAAAAGGUGCUGUAUUCUCUUUUGAAGAAUAUAAAACGAUGCUAGAGAUUAUCUACGGUAUAGAGAGCGAACAACAAAAGCAUUCUUCUGCUGCGCGUCAUGAAAGUCCGUCUCAAUCUAGAAGAAUGUUUAAUGAACAUUUGAUAGAGUUAAAUGAGCUUAUGCUGGAUUUCCUUAUAAGAGAUGCCAAUGUGGAUGGUACAGUCCAUAAAUUUAAUAGGAUCGAACCAUCCUUGGAGUCUGAAUGGCCACAUGGCGAAUAUUCACAAACAAUCAAGGAGCUUUGA